AUGGAUCCUGAAGCAAAAUUUGAAAAUGACAAGUCAAGUGAAGAGGAUAAAUCACAAAUUGGAUUAAUCAGUCAACCAAGAGUAUCAAACUUACGAUUUGCGUUAGUAUUUUCUGGCUUGAUUCUUGGGUUUUUUAUGGCUGCCUUAGAUCAAACCAUCGUCAUCACUGCUUUAGGACAAAUUUCUGCUGAAUUCAAUGCUACGAACGAUAUUGGUUGGGUUGGUUCAUCUUAUCUAUUGACAAUGAGUGGAUUCCAACCAAUGUAUGGCAUAUUUGCUGAUAUUAUUGGUCAUAAGAUUGUUUAUUUGAUUGCUAUUACCAUCUUCUUGAUAGGUAGUAUUCUAUGUGGUUUAUCCACUAGUAUGUUUAUGUUAAUCAUGUCUAGAGCUGUUCAAGGUAUUGGUGGUGCUGGUCUUAUCACUGUAGUGUUAAUCAUUGUGACGGAUGUUGUAACUGUACGAGAUAGAGCCAAGUAUCAAGGUAUUUUGGGUGUUGCUCUUGGUACAGCCACUGUUGCAGGUCCUUUAAUUGGUGGUGCAUUUGCUGAUGCCAAUUUAUGGAGGUGGUCAUUUUUUAUGAAUGUCUUUAUUGGACUGGCGGCAAUUGUAAUUAUUGUCUUCUUCUUUAGACGUGAUAUGUAUUUACAUCAUCGGUCCUCCACAUUACCUUUAUCAGUACAACUUCGUCGAGUAGAUUAUGGUAGUCUUGUGUUGCUCAUGCCAGGUGCGAUAUGUAUGCUAGUGGCUUUACAAACUGGUGGUGAACAAGGUUCUUGGAGCACGCCUUUGGUCUUGAUUCUCUUUAGUGUUGGAGGAUUUGCUCUUGUAUUAUUUGUCUUAUCAGAAAUAUUCGUCAUCAAACAUAAUCCGGUAUUACCUCGUCGCUUGGUGACUUCUGUCUCUUCUAUGGCUAUCCUUAUUGCUCAAUUUGCUGGUAGUGCAACUGAUUAUGCUAUCUUAUAUUUUGUUCCUCUUCAUUAUCAAAUUGUACGAGGUGAUUCUGCUGUACAAUCUGCCUUGGAACUUCUACCGUUCUUCUUAUCAGCCGUGAUAGCUGGUUUGAUUUCUGGAAUUUUGAUUACGAAGACUGGUUAUUAUCGUAUUUAUCUUUGGUCCGGUUGUACUUUUGCCAUGAUUGGUUCUGCCUUAUUAGCAACAUCUACUGUGGAUUCCAAUGUUGUUCAUCAAUAUGUAUUCUUGGCUAUCCUGGGAUUGGGUGUAGGUUUAUGCAAACAAUCCUUUGUUGUGGCAGGUCAAGCUGCUUCACCUGAAGAAGAUCUUUCUUUGGCAACUUCACAUGGACAGUUCUUCCGUGUUCUAGGUGGUGCAGUGGGAAUUAGUAUUUCAGCAACAUUAUUUCGGUUCAACAUUACCCGUGGUCUCAAAGAUUUGAUGGACAAACUUCAUUUACAUUUGACGCUUCGGAAUAUCAACAUGAUCAAGGCAUUACCUCGUUCAGUCAGAAUACAAGUUCAAACAGUAGCUGUUCAAUCGUUGGACAAAAUUUAUAUAUUUGCUGCUGUCGCAUCUGGUACUGCUCUUCUUGCAGUGAUAUUAGUCAAGCAUACGGAUCUAUGGACAAAAGAAGAUGAAGAACAGGAUGAAAAGAUUCACCCUUAGAUAUAUCAAUCAUUGUAUAUUCUAACGUCC